AUGUUCAUCUGGUUAAAAGCUGAAAUUUCUGUGUUAGGCUAUGAUCAUGCUGAGAGUUUUAAUUCCAAUAAAGACAGUAUGGAAUUGCAUCAAACUAUGGUAUCAAAGAAUAUUAAAGUGGGAGAAUCACAUGGCCCAAAAAAAUCAUUCAAAAAACAAAAGCCUGUUGGAUCAUUUGUUGGGAAAGUUUUAGUGGAGGCGAAUGAUAACCUUUUGUCGGAAACCUAUUAUCACGGUAUUGUCAAUUGUAUGGAUGUGGAAAAAUUAUUACUGAGAGAUGGAGAUUUUUUGUUUGGUAUAUCGGAAGAUGACGAAGAACAGUCAAUUGUAUGGGUGGUACGCUAUAAUCGUGAUUUAUGGGCAUUCAAUAUUGGCUUAACUGAAAAGGGUCAAUAUUUUGUGAAUCAGAAAUGUUUCAAAAAAAUCACUGAAAUGGUCUCCGAUUAUAUUCGUACACGUAAACCAAUUCAUGAAAAGCUUCCGAUCGUUGUAAAACGACCUGUUCCUCAUCCGGCUUGGGUAAUAUCACAUGAUCGAGUACAACUGAAAGAUGAACUUGGCCAAGGGGCAUUUGGUCGUGUCUUUAAAGCUGUGUUGCAAGAUGGUCAUACUUUCAUGACAGUCGCAGUAAAAACAUAUGCUGGACAAAUGAGCAACAAAACAAAACGAGCUUCAUUUCUUCAAGAAGCCAAAGUUAUGAGAGAAUAUAAGCAUGAAAACUUGGUCCAAUUUAUUGGUAUCGCAUGCCAAAAAGAGCCGUUGAUGAUAAUCAUCGAAUUUUGUGGUGGUGGAUCAUUAUUGAAGUAUUUACGGAAGAAAGGAGCGCAUCUCGGGAUAGCAACCAGAUAUCGUUUUGGUAAGGAAGCAUCAGCUGGUCUGAAAUAUUUGGAGGAGAAACGAUGUAUCCACCGAGAUAUUGCGGCUAGAAAUUGUCUUCUCACGGAAUUUGAAAUGAUGGUUCGUGCUUAUCAGAAAAAGCGAAUUAUUUUUAUCAUUCAGUUGAAAAUAGGCGAUUUUGGAUUGUCGAUCAAUGAACAACAAGCUUCCAGUCCCGAAUUACAGUUGCCGACAAAAUGGCUAUCACCAGAAGCAAUCAAAUCGAUGCAAUUUACCACCAAAAGUGAUGUUUGGGCAUUUGGUGUGCUGCUCUUCGAGAUAUUCACUGAUGGCAGAGAACCAUAUUAUGGCAUGAGUAACGCACAGGUGCGAAAGAAAUUAACUGAUGGUAGUAAGUAUCGAAUGGAGAUACCUCUUGAGAUACCGCCAGGUAUUGCGGAAUUGAUCAAGAAAUGCUGGAUGGAGGAACCCAAGCAAAGACCGACAUUCAAGGAGAUUAAGGCUAACGGUGUUUCUGAUAAAUUUCCCAUCUCAUUUGAAGAUUUCUUGCCCACCUCCGACCUGCCGGGAAAGCGUACGCAAGGCAGCGUGAUAUUAGUGUUAUGGAUUCGGGAGUGGUUAGCUACUUCAAGGCUUAUUUAUCAUAGUUCCAUAAGCACAAUGGAUUUUCAACUAUUAGAGAAAGAUAUGUAUGGCGAUGUGGAGAACGAUGAAGAACUGAUGGCCGAAUUGUUAGCUUUAGAGGCAGAAGAACGAGCUGCAGGACAUAUGUCUUCCGCAUGCACGAAUAAAGGGCACGAGUGUAACACACGUCAACAUGCUUUAGACCAUGAAUCAGCUGAACAAGCUUCACGACGAACAAGUGGCGCAUAUGGCAUUUCAAGUAUAUCAGAUGUAUCAGAUGAAGAUUUGGAUGAUAAUGAUGGAGAUGAUGUGAAUGAUCCAGAGCUUUUGGCAGAACUGUCCGAUUUGGUUAGACAGGAAGAUGAUGCUGCUUGUGAGAUUGAACCACUCACAUCUUCGGAACCACCUGUUCCUUCAAAAUCAUUAUAUGAGUCUACUGUUGACAUGAUAUUAGUUCGCAAAUUGCAAGAACUUAAGGAAGAAUAUACUUCAGCACUGGAAGCUGCAAAAGAGAAAAAUGAUGUACUGCGUGCUAAAAGGUACCAAAGAGGAUUAAGCAAGAUUGAAGAAUUGGUACGAAAGGCUCAAACAGGAAAAAUGGUGGAUGAAAAUGAGAUUCCGGUUUCAAUCAAAGCAAUUCGUUCUAUUGAACUAUGUGCAGGGAAAGCUGGCGCUUCAGUUAUUUCCAAAACGGAGAUAUCCACAGAACCAGUACUGCCAGCUGAAGUAAAACAAGCCACUGCGGAAGAAAUCAAUGAGCUCUCUAGCACUUAUCGAAAACCAAUUAAGAACUUGCUAAGAGGAGAACAGCUAAGCAUGGAACUAACCAGUCGUCGAGAAUCGUAUAUCAAGAAUGCUAAAGCAGCCAGUGCAUGUGACAAAAAAAAAGCUUAUGAAUAUUACAUUGUUGCGAAACAGUUCGAUGAAGCAAUUAAAGCUGUGAAUGAUGGUCGAGUGACAGAAUGUGAGGAGAAUGAACUUCCACCUCCAGCUAUGCCUUAUAGAUCGACCAAGCACGAUGAAAUCCUUUCUGUUCCAACGACGCUAAUGGAUGGAUUGCAACAGCGUAUGCAGAAAUAUAAAUCUUUAUGCGAUCAAAGCCAAGCGGAAAACGACGAUCGAAAAUAUAGAAUGAAUGCUCGUAUUUUGAAACGAUAUGAAGAUGCACUUAAAGCAUGUCGUUCAAAUAGACCAAUCGAUAUAAGUGAAUUGCCAUGCCCUCCUGGAUAUCCACCUCUUCCUUCAACGGGAAGCAUGACUACCACUAGUGCAAAUGGAAUGGUAAUACCGCAAAGACCUCUGCCGGAAGUUGGCCCGUUUGCUGCACCUGAACCUUCAAUAUCAGGAAGACAGUCACGUCAGAAGCAACAACUUGACUUUUUGCUCAAGCGACAACUGCAGUUCAAAGAAGCUGCUAUUGCUGCAAAGAAGAAGGGUGACAUCACUACUGCCAAAAAGUUUUUGCUUGCUGCAAAGGGUUUUGAUAGAAUGAUUACCGCCUCCAAAAAUGGUUUGCCCGUCAAUAUUGAAAAAACACCCGUUCCACCACAAGUUCGGGCAUCUGCAAACACGCUUAAACCAUCACUAGAGCAUCACACAAGUUUUGAUGCUGCUAUUAAAGGAACACCUACUGAAGUAUUUGCCACAAUGGAAAGAGAUCUCAUUUAUCAAGUAAAACUUUGUGAAGAAUGUAGACUUGCUUUCACGCAAUUGGGUGAUGUAACUCGAGUAAAGAUGUUCGAAACGUGGUCCUCUGUUUCAAAAAGAGACUUAAUACUUUUACGCGAACUUGCCAAAAGGGGUGCAGCAGUACCACAAUUCCGGUACGAAACUCGAAAUAUACCUUCAGCAGAAAUAUGCUUUGAAAUAGAUGAAAAUCACAUCGAAUUGACAAUAAUAAAAAUAACCGAAGCAAAGUUACCAGCAGGUUGGAAAUCGUCUGACGGUUAUUUGUUUGUAAAAUAUAAUUUUGCAUUUCCCCAUGACGCUCAUCAAACUGGUAAAACUAAAGUCAUAGCUUCCACGAAUUCGCCAGAAUAUAAUCAGAAAUUCCUAUUAACAAUCAAUCGAAAAACGAAACAGUUGCAAAGAGUCAUUAAAAGGAACUGCUUGAAAUUUGAGAUCUACCAAAAGGGUGGUUUUCUAAGAAGUGACAAACUGAUCGCUACUGCCGAUUGUAAGUUGAUUGAUUUGGAAGAAAAAGUACACAUUCAUGAAAGUAUAGAUCUGAUGGAAGGAAGAAAGAAAACAGGAGGGAAAUUGAAUUACCGGGUACGUAUUCGCGAGCCUUUGGGUGGAAAAAAACUUUCUAUUAGGCAAAAAAAGUGGUUGAUAUUGGAACUCUGA